AUGUUCAAAGUUGGAUUGAUCAUUCUUGGCGUCUUCUUGGUUUUGUCAACAUGCGAUGUUGUCAAAGGUAAGAACUUUGAUGAAAAUGAACAUUUUCGAAAUUUCAUCAUGUUUUUUAUUGCAGAGGAUGAACAUUUUCAUGAUAAAGAUGAGUUCCAAGCGGAAUUCGGAGAUGAAGACAGCGAUGGAAAUCAAUUUAGCGAAGGAACAGAAGAUGAUCAUAUUGAAGUUAGAGAACAAUCAGCAUUUGUUCAACCAAAAACCGUUGCUGUAAAUAAUGGAAAAGAUCUUCCACCACUCACUUUCCUCUACUGGUUAGUUUUAGUUUUUUCUCUAAAAACGUUUGCAAUAUUUUUCUUUUUUCAGUGUUUCAUGUGGUUAUAAACAAGCGUUUGAUCAAUUCUCAAGUGUUAUCCGCGAGAAAUAUCCAAACAUCAAAAUCGAUGGAGGAAACUAUCCGCCAGUUGCAUGGAAAGCUUAUGUUGCUCAAGCAAUUAGCUUUGCUAAAAUCUUCAUUUUGGCAAUUAUUAUGUUUGGAUCGAAUCCGUUUGCUAAUUUUGGUUAUGGAUAUCCAGCUAUUCUUCAACAUGCGCAUAAUAACAAGGUACUUUAUUACUAUUUCUUUUUUUCUGAAUAGAGAAAGAUGGGAUUAGUGGGAAUUGUAUUCAACUAUACGAAAGACAUAUCUUUUCUUUAUUGUAGUCGGGAGAAAUAAUUUAUAUAGGAACAUAUAAAGAAAAAUUGAAAAAAAACUAUCCAAUUGAUUUUCAGAUGUCGACAUGUAUGAUGGUUUUUAUGUUGAGUAACCUUGCUGAACAAACAUUGAUUUCUACUGGAGCAUUCGAAAUCUAUCUUGAUGCUGAGCAACUUUGGAGCAAACUCGAAUCUGGAAGAGUUCCAUCGCCACCAGAACUCAUUCAACUUAUCGAUGCUCAACUCGCUAUUCUUGGAAAAGGUCAAGCACGCGUUGAAGGAUUUGGCGACUUUACUCCAUCAGCAUAA